AUGACCGCCUUUGCCGCCAACUCGGUCUUCGCGCGGCUGGCGCUGGGCGAUGGCGCGAUGGACCCGGCCAGUUACACGCUGAUCCGCAUCCUCGCCGGCGCUUUGAUGCUGGUGCUGCUGGUCGGCCUCGGCGCGCGCGGGCGCGGCCGCAUGCGCAGCACCGGCUCCGUCGCGUCGGCACUGGCGCUGUUCGGCUAUGCGGCCGGCUUUUCCUACGCCUAUGUCGCGCUUGAAACCGGCAUCGGCGCGCUGAUCCUUUUUGCCUGCGUGCAGGCGACGAUGAUCGGCUGGGCGGUGGCGCGGGGCGACAGGCCCUUGCCGCUCGAAUGGCUCGGCCUGAUCGCCGCCUUUGCCGCUUUCGUCUGGCUGGUCUCGCCGGGGCUGGCCGCGCCCGAUCCGCUCGGCGCGGCGCUGAUGGCCGGUGCGGGUAUUGCCUGGGGCAUCUAUUCGCUGCGCGGACGCGGUGUCGGCGAUCCGCUGGCCGGCACGGCGGGGGCCUUCGUGCUCGCGGCGCCGCUCGGCGUCGGGCUCGCGCUUGUCGGAUUGGCCGGCCUUGCGGCAAGCCCGUUCGGCGUCCUCAUGGCUGUGGCGUCAGGGGCGCUGGCGUCGGGUCUCGGCUAUGCGCUGUGGUAUCGCGUGCUCGGAUCGCUGACCGCGACGCAGGCCGGCAUCGUGCAGCUCACCGUGCCGGUGAUCGCCGCGCUCGGCGGCAUCGCGUUCCUGGGCGAACCGCUGACGCUGCGCUUCGCCCUCGCCUCGACCGUCAUUCUGGGCGGCGUUGCCGUCGCCAUCGUCGCACGCGGCAAGCGCGGGCCGGCACCGUCCGCCGUCAUCCGGUCGGAUCAGUAA